AAACUUCAACCCCUCCUCCUGCUCGCACUCCACACACCAGCAAGCAACAGAAAGAUGUGAGAUUGUCUGGACAACCCUAUCUCCUUUUAUGUAAGGUUUUCAAUUUUAUUCAAUGCAAUUACUUGAAAAGAACUUGGUUAAGAUAUUUUUCUUUUGUACUGCCUCAGUCCUUGGAAAUUAUGACAUACUCGUUUUGCUUUUGAUUCACCACUGAGAUCUAUAAUCCAUCCAUCGGUGAUCGCUUCGAUUCGUUUGCUUAAAAAUAAGGAUGGGGGCUCAUGUUUUUGACGGUACAAUAUGUUUAUGCAUACACUUGUGUUUGUUGAGUUGCAUUCUGCAAACAGUUUACACCCAGCACCAGGAGAUAAGACCGGGGAAUGCCCGGCCAGCAGGUGGUUUAAGGCACCGAAUUCAGUGGCAGCACAACGGGCAGGUAUUUAGCUUGCUAAGUCACGGAUCGGAAUUUCAGCCAGCGAGGCAAAGAGGUACAAACUCGGCUCGAUCGAGACCCGUCAUCAUCACAAGUAAAAACAAUGAAACGGCGGAGGAGUCCGUUGGAAAUCGCGGCGGCACGCAAAGACCUCCGCAAACUUCGAGAGAUUCCCCAAGGCGACCAGGUGGACGGGCGCACACCGGUGCUUUACGAUGGGCUGGAUUUAGACGACCCCAGGAGCGACGAGACAAUCGAGGUCCUGAACAAAGAACAGACGGUGCCUCUAAUACUACAGACGGUAAACCUUCACUGACGAAUUCUCCGCCACUCAGCAAUCUGAGACGGGAGGAUGCUAUGGCCGGCGACGAUCCUUAUAAUCCAUACAAGUCCAUAGACGACAAUAAUCCCUAUUAUAAUUACUAUGACACGUACGAGAGACCUCAACAACGGGGCAGGGAGAGACCAGGGUACGGUACCAGGUACUAUCAAUACGGUCUGCCCGAUUUGGUGCCUGAUCCGUACUAUAUACAAGCCUCAACUUAUGUCCAGAGGGUACCUAUGUAUAACCUAAGAUGCGCUGCCGAAGAAAACUGCUUGGCGAGCACGGCCGACAGAGCCAGAGACUAUGACACGCGGAUGCUGCUGCGGUUUCCACAGCGCGUGAAGAACCAGGGCACGUCGGACUUCCUCCCGAGCCGGCCUCGCUAUUCCUGGGAAUGGCACAGUUGCCACCAGCACUUCCACAGCAUGGAUGAGUUCAGCCACUAUGACCUGCUGGAGGCCAGCUCAGAGAGGAGAGUGGCUGAAGGUCACAAGGCCAGCUUCUGCCUGGAGGACACAUCCUGUGACUAUGGACACUACAGGCGAUUCGCCUGCACAUCACACACUCAGGGACUGAGCCCAGGAUGUUAUGACACCUAUAAUGCUGACAUCGACUGCCAGUGGAUCGAUAUCACGGACGUGAAGCCUGGAAACUACAUCCUGAAGAUAAGUGUGAACCCCAGCUACCAGGUUCCAGAGUCGGACUACUCCAACAACAUCGUGCGCUGCGACCUCCGGUACACGGGCCAGUACGCCUACACGUCGGGGUGCCGUCUUUCAGGGUACUAACUAUAGGUGCCUGGGAGAACGAUAUGGAAACCCCAAAUGUCAUCAAAGCCAAAGACAACACAAGGACUGCUUUUUUUGCCAUGCAACCAUAACAUACAGAAACAAUAAUCACAUGGAAAUCGUAACAUUUUAGCUUUAAGAAAAACGGGGCUUAAAUCCCCAUUAAAAAGUUCACUGAUCAUAUUUAUUACAUUUAUAACCAUACUUUACCUAUACUACUUUCUUUCUUAAUGCAUAGACUAUAUAGUAGAUAGAUAGACUCAUAGAAAUGGAAAAAUAACAUUACAGCUAACGGUCCUUUAAGUUGUGUGCAGUUGAAUUACAAAAAAAUAAUCCAUGUUGUUCACAAUUUCAUUCAUAGUGAAAACUGAUGCAGAGAUAGCUCAUACAGAAAAGACAUUAAGACAUAUCAGACUGUUUCGUGUCUUACGACAAACUGGCUCAUUUGAAACUUUAAAAAACACUGUAGCGUGUCAUUUUUCUUCCAUGAAAAUGACACCGAGAAUAUCUGUGACUGUCUGUUGACAUCGCUGACUGGUGUUCGGACUGUUUCUCCUCAGAGUGAUCCACGGGAUUUUGGUGCUAUACUGAGCAUUUCGUUUCCGCUCCACUUCUGGUGGGGCUGUUAAGGGACUGAAGUCAUUUUCCCCUUGCUUGUGUAAUGCAGCAAGGUAUUGUAAAGAAUUUGUAUCUUUUACACUUUUUUUAUUAUUUUUUAAUUUUUUUUUUUUUUUGCAUUUUAUGUAUCUCAUAUUAUCACACUACAUUCCCAGUCUAUGUAUGAUAAAGGAUCUUUAAUAAAUUGUUGAAACGGA